AUGGCUCAAACGAGAAGCCAGACAGCAGGCAAUCAGCCAACGAACAUCAAAGACCAGAAGACCAAGCAGCAAGAGAAUAACAGUAUUUCGAAGAAAAAGGAUUCUAGCAAGACAUCCAAAAAUUUGGAGAAAACCCUUACUGCUGCAGCAGAUGCGUACGAAAAGGCAGAUGACGGCAAGAAAGCAGAAAUGCAAAAUCAGUUGAAUGUUCACCAACCCGUGGAGAAGCCGGAGGCCAUGGAGGAGGAUGAGGAGGAGUCCAAAGGAGAGCAACCCGUGAAAAAAGAGCCCGAAGAGAGCGGUAUGUUCGUUUCGACGACCGGUGAGGGCCAGGUUCAUUCGUCGAAGGAUGACGGAGGCUCGCCGUCAGACCAAAAGCCGUCGUCCAGCAAGGAGAAGGACUCAAAGCCGCCCAGUGACAACCACGAGAAGUCUCCCCCGCCAAAAGUAGGCUUCCAACAUGGCUUGGCCACGCCUUCAACUGACGUUGAAGAUGAAUUGGACCUGGUACGAGCAAAUCCCAUGCGUGAGAUCUUCCACGACGGCGCGUCUGAAAACGUAGGCUGGGCAAGGCUCUCGUAUGGCCGUGCUUUCGAUGUCGAAAGACAUGGGCCACCUAACGCCGCAAGAUUCAGAUUCAAGCGACGUAACGACGAGAUCAACACGGACAGUCUCGACGAUACUUCGUUUGGAGACAAAAAGCGGCGCAAUGGCAGAAAGGUUUACCAGUGUGGUGACAUGUUAGCAAUCCAGGGUGUUGCCUGGCAGUCUCUGAAAGGAGUCGACCACUACUCUUCCCUCGCGCCCCGCAACUGGAAGCAAGGAAACAAAACAGCACGUCCUUCGAUGCGCAUCAUGGUGAAAUGGGAAGGAAAGGAUGAGAAUGCGGGGAAGGAAGUGACGAAAUGGGAAAAGCGUGACGCAGUGUGGAGGUGCUGGGAAGGUGAAGGAGGCAAUGGAGCUGCCACAGUUCUAUGUGAGGAGGAGCUGAAACUGGGUGAGGCUGUCAUCUUGGAAAAGGGGGAGACCGUUUCGCUCUGUGACUUUGUGAUUGUCACUGCCGCGUGUCGAGGCGAGAAACGAUUCAAGGAGUGGGAAUCGCAGCAGCGGCCGGGAAGGGACCGCUCUCCUACGCCUGGGCUGCCUCUAUUGAACAGCAAGAAUGAGAAGCAGUCGGGUGAUGAAAAAGGCUCCGAAAAGGCGCAGUCAUCUCAGCGUACAAACAACGCAGAAGAGGCUGCGGGUCACGGAGACACUACCCACUAG